AAAUAAUUACCGUAGCAUAAUCAUAUUUUCAUACUUCAUACCACAAACCCUAAAAAGUAAGAAAGAAAAAAAAGGGGGAAAAUAUCAAAUUAGAUACCGUUUGGCGUUAGCUGUGAGAUUGGAGCUUCAAUUUGUUGAAUACUAAAUACUGAAAUCCAAAUCCGAUUCCAAUUCGCUUCGUGCUUGUUGCGAAGCCCUACUGUCAGAUCGCUACUGCCACCAGGAACAGGUUUUGAGGGAUUAAGAAUAUUCUGCAGAAGAUGUCUGAGGAACGAGCAGUUCAUCCCGAUUGUCGGAAUGCUAGCAAUCCUUAUCAUGAAUGUAGUGAUUACUGCUUUAGAAUCAUAGCCGAAGCAAAAAUCAGGAUGCAACAAAAGGAAGCUGAAGUUGCACAAGCUAGCGGUGGAAGUCGUGGUAAGCAAGCUGUCCAGGAAGAGUUAUAUCCGGAUGAGGAAACACAUGAUGAAAGGCCCGCUCUUGAAAAUUCUGAUAGUGAACCUGACAUGCCUGCUCCAGAGGAAACGAUGGAUGGGGGCUUUGCAAAUCUCUCGGGGAGACAGAAAAAGUGGAUGGAGUUGAGAGCCAAGAUGCAAGAAGCUAAAAAGCGAAAUCAAAUCGAAAUAGCUGCUGAAAAAAAGAGGAUGGAAGCUCCAACCGAAUCUAGGGGUGUUUCUAAACAGAAGUGGCUUGAGGAUAGGAAGAAAAAGAUUGGAAAACUCCUCGAUGCAAAUGGAUUGGAUAUGACAAAGGCAUAUAUGCUUGACACCCAAGAGAGUGCAGAAGGGAAAUACAAGAAAUGGGAGAAAGAUCCUGCUCCUUUUGGUUGGGAUGUUUUUAAUCAGAAGACGCUAUACAAUGCAUACAAAAAGCGGACCAAGAAAAUUGAUGUGGAUUUAGAAGAAUACAAUAGAAUGAAAGAAGCUGAUCCGGAGUUCUACCGUGAAGCCUCAAGUCUCCAGUAUGGAAAGGCACCAAAAAUCUCAGAGGACAAGAUCGACAAGAUGGUACAGGAGCUAAAGGAUAGGGAAGAGAAGCGCAAGUCGUUUAGUAGGAGAAGACGGUUUCAUGAAGAGAAAGAUAUUGACUCGAUCAAUGAUCGUAAUGAGCACUUUAACAAGAAGAUUGAACGAGCCUUUGGUAAAUACACACUGGAGAUUAAAAAUAAUCUUGAACGAGGAACCGCAUUGCCUGACUAAGGUACCUGCCUAUGUUGUCAUAUGCGUUUUCUGGAACUGAUCUUUGAUCUUGUAAUAUUGUGGACUAGUGUUUUGCGAUUCACAUGUGGAUCAAUGUGAAGUCAAAUAUAGCUUUCCAAAUUAUGGUUUUGGCCUUUGUCUUCCACUUUCUUACGCAAUUGUAAGAUCGUUCUGGAUCCUAAAAUGUCUUGCGUAUAUGUAUAUCUUGGUGCCUUCCUCUAA